CUCUUCAAACUUCCAUACCCCUUCCCUCAUUCCAUCUCUCUCUCUCCUCUCACACACUAAUCACAAUGUCUCCGGCAUCUGCCCAAGUAAUCUGUGUCACCGGCGCCGGAGGAUUCAUCGCCUCAUGGAUGGUCAAAUUGCUCUUGGAGAAAGGUUAUAUUGUCAGAGGAACUGUUAGGAAUCCAGAUGAUGCGAAGAAUAAUCAUUUGAGAGAGCUUGAAGGAGCGAAGGAGAGAUUAACUUUAUUUAAAGCUGAUCUUCUCGAUUUUGAAAGCUUGCGUGAAGCCAUUAAUGGCUGUGAUGGUGUUUUCCACACUGCUUCUCCCGUCACCGAUGAUCCUGAACAAAUGGUGGAGCCGGCGGUUAUUGGAACAAGGAAUAUAAUAGUGGCGGCGGCUGAAGCUAAAGUCCAGCGAGUGGUGUUCACGUCGUCGAUCGGAGCAGUGUACAUGGAUCCUAAUCGGAGUCCUGAUGAUAUUGUUGAUGAAAGCUGCUGGAGUGAUCUCGAAUUCUGCAAAAACACCAAGAACUGGUAUUGCUAUGGAAAGGCGGUAGCAGAGCAGGCAGCAUGGGACGAAGCUAAGGCUCGAGGUGUUGACUUAGUAGCAUUGAACCCAGUGUUGGUGCUGGGACCGCUAUUGCAACCCACGGUCAACGCCAGUAUUAUUCAUAUCCUAAAGUACCUCACAGGGUCCGCAAAAACAUACGCUAAUUCAGUACAAGCAUAUGUACACGUACGAGAUGUCGCAUUAGCUCACAUUUUACUCUUUGAGACCCCCUCAGCAAAUGGUCGAUAUCUGUGUGCUGAAAGUGUUCUUCAUCGUGGUGAAGUUGUCGAAAUUUUGGCCAAGUUUUUUCCAGAAUACCCCAUUCCAACUAAGUAA